AAAAGCUGUGAUUAGAAUGGCGUGCGUCAUGCCUAAUGGGCAAAUGCUGCCCGACGACUCCACGUAGCCAGUCCAACUUUGGCGCCUUUAUACAAUAGGCCACUUUGAGCUCAUCCGACUAUGGUUGACGAUCGGAUUGCUUGCCGUAUCUGAUUUCGAUGCCUAUAAUCAUCGCAUUUAUACCAUUCGCACCUAAUCACGCCCAAGAGGCUUAAAAGCCUUGCCCUUAUGACGGCGACAAGACUUCACGUCGCACGGAUGCUACCCUUUUCAGCUUCAACAUUUUGAUCCUCUUUUACCUAAAUGGGAACUGGUGGGGGGAAUAUCUAGAUGCUGACCUCAUCAAUCGGUAGAUCUGUGAAUAGAUGCACCCCCACAGAGCCUCAGCGGUACCAAGAUACAGAUGGAUGCCCCCCAAGGGACUCAUGAAGCUAGGCUUGGAGGUUAUCAGAUUUUGUUAUAAAGGUACAUGAAAGCCGUACUGAACUGACGAUAAUAUUGGGAAAGUAACUUCGUGUAAACAAUUUCCAUUAUACCAUCUUCAUCUUCACCAUGAGUCUCCAAGAUCUUGCUCGCUCUCUUUCCGCUGUUGGCUCAGCAAAACUUCCAUCCAAUGAAGGCGAAGGGUUGUAUCUCCUCAGUGUGAGAGAUGGCAACCUUGUCGAGAAACAUUGGAUAGGUAGCACUCUUCAGAGUGAGACCGUUAUCGCUUCGGAUAUGAGAGAGGAUACUCCAGCUUCAUACUUGCUUGGGCUUGAGCAGGAUCUUCGUCUCGUCGUCUUCAUCGACCAAGAAAACCUCGUUCAGUGCUACGCAUACAGCGACGACAUCGAAGAGUGGGAAGAGACCCCACUAGGGAGCGAGUGGAACAUCACUGCAAGCCCGGAAAGCAGACUAAGCGCGACUGUCGGCCCGGAAGGAGAGGUAGUAGUCUCUUACCAGGAUGAGACUGGUAGUCUGGCUGGCAUAAUGAGUGCAGCCGAGAAAAAAUGGAAGGCAUUCGGCCCCCUCGAUGGCGACCCUAUCUCGGGAACGCCUCAGUAUCUUGAAGUCAUUGACGAUAAGCUUCACCUCUUCUAUGUUGAAAAGGAUGCAGGGAUUGGGUACCUAGUUCUUGAUCCUGGCACUGGUAAAUGGCAAACCAACCUGCUUAGUAACACCAAGUUCGACACUGCCAUCGAUAACUUUAAUGUCGUCAAGGACACAGAAACCAGCCCUUUCCAGAGCUAUAUCCUUACCGAUGGCUCAUUGUGGAACAUCAACGGAGGUAAAGAAAAGGUUUGCCUGGGGAAAGUCGAGAGUAAUGGCAAAUUAAUUCCCUCGGACAAUGCUCAAGCUGGAUUCAAAAUCAAAUGGCGUGGGUCUCGUAAGACUAGAGCUCGGAGAUGGAAGAUUGUACUGAAGUGGGCAAAUUCAGAGAUUGAAAUGCGUCGGGUCUCGUAUUAUUAGGUAGUUUGGGAAAUGAAAGGACGAUUGAUUGAGCGUUAAGGAGGUGUAUUUGUAGUCUGCGAGAAAAAAACAGCGCACGGUACGCAUAACGUGUGGGUGCGAGAUUUUCACAUACCAUUGGUGUAACAAUACGGGUUACCUAUGCAAGUUACUGCACAGUACUAUACGCACAGCCAAUUGGAAUUAUAUUGAGGGACAGCGCAUAGAGGUUUUAAUUUCGGGUAUGACUUUGCCCGAGUAUAAAGCCCAAGCUUCGUGCUACCUUAAUCUCUAGCCUAUAUACCUAA